CCAAGAAGGCGGCGGAGGGCAUGCGGGGCGGCUGGGCGCAGGCCUGGCGGACAUUGCUGGCGGUGGGUGUGGGCGUGGCGGCGGAGGCGCUGGCGGGCUGGCUGCUCCGGCGGAGGCGGGAGGGCUCGGCGGUGCGGGAGGCCCUCUUCUUCCCCUCGCGCGCGACCUGCGUGGAGGCGCUGCUGGCAGAGGAGGGGGGCGGGCCCUCGCCGGGGCCUUGCGCCUGCCCGCUCCCGCACCAGGAGAGCCCGCUCAGCCGCCUGCUGGCCCACCUGCUCGCCGCCCGCCGCUCCCUCGACCUCUGCGUCUUCGCCUUCUCCAACCCGCAGCUCCGCCGCGCCCUCCUCCUCCUCCACCGACGCCGCGUCCGCAUCAGAGUCGUCACCGACGCAGACUACAUGGCGCUCAGGGGCUCCCAGAUCGGGAUCCUCCGGAAGGCCGGAAUUCAGGUACGUCAUGAUCAAGAGACUGGUUACAUGCACAAUAAGUUUGUCAUUAUUGACAAAAAAGUUCUGAUCACUGGCUCUUUGAACUGGACUACUCAAGCCAUCCAAAAUAACAGAGAGAAUGUCAUUAUAAUAGAUGACAAAAAAAUUGUGGAUGUUUUUCUGGCAGAAUUUGAGAAGAUUUGGGAGGACUUCAAUCCAACUAAUUAUACAUUUUUCACCAACUGAGGAAAGCUGGUAUUGAACAAGAAUAAAACUACCAGGUAUAGAAACAGAGCUGAGCAAGUGACAAAAGUUUUGGUCCAACUGUUAUUCCAUACAUUAUUUUAAAAUAGUGUUUAGUGGUGAGAAUGUAGCCAAGAUGUUGAUAGUUUUCUGGAACAAGUUGUUUUUUUGGUGGAUAGAAUAUAGAUGUUAGUGUUUAAAUCCAGAAGUUUCAUACAAGGCAGCGUGCAGUAUAAAUAUGUGUUAUGUGUUCUCUUCAAAUUUGAAGAAGAGUUUUAAUUUAGUUGUCUUCCAGGGUGUUUAGCUUCAAUAUGAUGGAUGCUGUACAAGUAAGAAAUGUUUAAAGUAAGUUCAUAAAAUGUGGAAAGAAAAUUUCUAACCAACUGCCUUUAAGUUUUAAGACUAUACUGAGAUCCUGCAACGUGUAGGUAGAGCACAACACACGGGCUGCACAUUUCUAGCCCCUGUAAAGGCAGUUUUCUGGUCUCUCUUGGUGCCACUCUAUUUAUGGCUGGCUUUUUCUUCUGAUUACUAAACUGCUAGAAGGUGUUGUUAGGUUCCCCUUGUAAGCAGGCCAGUAAACAGCCAUAACGUGCAGUCUACUCAGGUAAAUCUGCCUAGCUACUUGUGUAACUAUUGUAUGCUAGUAUAGGUCACCAACAAUAUUUCAGCCAUAGAGAAAAUCAGUCCUUGGCACAUCAGGAGAUCAUUUUAAUAGCAAGGCUAAAGUACAUGUAGAGUAUACACAAUCACAGUAGUCUUGUAUUGCACAGAGCUUACUUGUUAACAAUCAGUGCUGUUGAUUCGCCAUCUUUUUUUUCCUAGCAGUAAGAUAUAUAUGUGCCAAAGGAAUGUUAAUUCUGUUUAUUUCGUGACUCUCGCUCAGGUGCUUUCAGCCUGUGACCUAAUAAAGAGUCUAGUUUCAACAAAAAUCUCCUCCA